AUGGCUCCGGAUGAGGAUAAAUCGGCCAGCUCCUUUGCAGCUCGGAUGGCGCAAGGUGAAACUCCGGGCCCAGAGCCUAUCAAGCAGGACAGACCGCAACAUGGGGACAGAGAACAUCAGGCGAAGGCAGAGGAUCCAGGGCCCGUGCAACCUACCUUGAAGAAGACACUCAAAGAUAAAGACAAGACCACGAUGGCUCCUCUUGUGGCCCCCGAACCCGUCCAAGAGAAGGACCUGUCGGCGACCUCGAACGAGUUCAACAAUCCCGACGCGGACAAAAUCCCCAAGGAAUCCAUUCUCGCUUUAUUUCCCGACGAGGAAGCAUGGAGAACCCUGUCGACGGCCGCGAGAGAGAAUUCUCGCUUUCACCGAAGCAGCGUCGUGGCACAGGUCCUGUACCUUAGCUGCCUCAAGAACUGCGUCCUGCCGGAGCUGCUCGAACGAGGCAACCUGCUUGCACAAGGCAUCCUCCCCUUCGCAGCCAUGCCGAAGGACACCAUCGACAACCAACACGCAUGGAUAGCCUGGGCUGUGUCACUCGACGAGACCAUCAGCAACGUCCUCAAGCAGAUCAAUUGGCUGGACCUCCUCGAGGCCGAGUACGUGGCGGCCGAUCCGCUCUGGCAGAGUUUCUGGUGUCUGCACCAAGAAGUCGAGCGACAACACGCCACCAAUCCGCCCACGCUCCAAGAGAAGACUCCGUGUGGUAUCCUGGCUGAAUUGGAGAAGAUCUACGCGAUGUUGGCCGGGCACAACCGACGCAGACUGUUCCUGCAGACCAAGAUGAUACAGGGCCGGGACUGGAUCGCGCGAUUGUUGGAGGAAGUGCCGCCGUGGAUCGAGUGGGACGAGGUCGUCAGCGAGAUGCUGGGUGCGGACAUCGGUGGGCGAUUUGUGGGCGACGGAUUGAUCGACAAUCAGGGAAGCGGAUUUGUCGAGGAAACUGAGGAUGACGAAGAGUUCGAGCUGUAA